UUUUAUAUUUCUUGUACAAUUUUUUUUUUUUUUUUUACACUUGCUUAGGAUACCUUCUUGAUGGCGAAAAAUAUCGGACGUCUUCACGACCUACGUGACCCUGAUCGACAUUUACCGAAUUCCCCUGACGUUGCCCACAGUGGUGAACAUAUAUUAGUGCAGUGUUUUCCGUUCAUAGAUUUUAUGGCUGCCCUUAACGUGACCACCGUAAAUUAUUUCAGUCUCGACAUAGAGGGCUACGAGCUUGAAGUAUUGAAAACGAUUCCUUUCGACAUGAUCAACAUAGAGACAAUCUCUGUUGAAUUCUCCCACAUCAAGGACGGUGAAAUGGCGCUGAUUAAUUUCAUGAGAUCGAAGGGCUACCACGCAUUUUCUCUUGUCGUCAAACGUGAUAAUUUAGCUAAAGAUAUAAUAUUCGUGAAACGAAGUUUACUCAGCCAGCUCCAGUCGCGUUAGCUUUUUUUCUUUCAUUAUUGUAUUUAUUUAGGUAACUUAUUUAAUUAAAAAACUACGGGAUCAAGCGAGAUACAUUACCGUAUUGGCACACGUAACGCGAAAUAUCCUCGUUUCGUGUUCUAUCGUCAUUUUAUUAUUCUGACUUGAAGAUUUGUUUUAUCAUUUCAAUUCGAAAGAUCGGUAAUAAUAUUUGAACUUUAUUUUACAAAAUAUUUACAGAAACGUACAUCUUGCAUAAUAAAAAUAAAUUUGUCCAUUUGUGAAUUAGCUCGCGCAGCUGAGGAUCAGUUAUAUAAUUCGUAAACGACUGAAAGCGAACUUUUGUCGCAGACAAUUGAGAAACGAAGUUUUUCAUAGCAUGAGAACCUCCUUAAACAACUCGGUCCUAUAUAUUUCAAUACUUUUCUUGUGACAAAUGAUUCCUACUGUAAAAGUAAAAUACAAACGUUCUUCAUACAUUUAAGAAUCAAACGCUGUACAAUUUUUGAAAGACUAUCGGAAUGAUUUAACGCACAAAUCAAUCCGUCAUUUAUUGCUACGUUUAUGAGCGACGUACAUGUUUCCGCGGUGACUGUAAUUGAAUAAAUAAUUAUUUAAAGCUUGCA